AUGGACGGGCGCGCCUACUUUGCCGACGAGUGCACGGCGGGGAAGUACGACAACACGCAGUAUCUUGCCCUCGAUCUCCUGGGGAAGGUGCUGAGCUACAGCGUUGACCUCUCAGGGGCGGGUUGCGGCUGCAACGCGGCGUUCUACCUCACCUCCAUGCGCCAGAACGCGGCACCGUCGCAGUGCUCCGAUCACUACUGCGACGCCAACAACGUUUGCGGCGAGUCGUGCGCCGAGAUCGACAUCCAGGAGGCCAACCAGCUGGCCUGGCACUCCACGCUCCACACCGCGACCGACGCGAGCGGGGUGGGCGGGGGCUACGGCGGGGGCGACAGCUGGACGGGCCCGAGGGACUGGGGCUCCGCAGAGUACGGCGAAGGCGCCAGGUGCGUGGACACGGCGCGCCCCUUCCAGGUGGAGGCCGCGUUCCCCGUGGACGACAAAGGCUCGCUCGUGGCCAUGGAGGUGACGCUGUCCCAGCCGGGCAAGCCGUGCAACGUGUCCGUGCGCCUUGGCUCGUACGACGGCAUGGCCGAGCUCUCGCGCGCCCUCGAAGCCGGCAUGACGCCGAUCGUGAGCUACUGGAGCGCGAACGACAUGUUGUGGAUGGACGGCAAGGGCGCCGACGGCAAGGGCCCGUGCGCCGUGGACGACGUCAAGGCGUGCAGCGAGACGGUCACGUUCCACAACUUCUCCGUGGCCCCCAUCAGCGUUGAGCCCGCAGCAGUCGUCGGCGCCGAGCCGACGCCUGCUGGCACGAGUGGAGGCUCUUCCGACGACCGCCCCGAGUGUGCGGAGACGUACAAUGAGAACUGUGCAAGCAUGCAGUGCUGCAAGUCGGCAGGCAUGCAGUGCUAUGUCAAGAACGAGUGGUGGGCGGCGUGCAAGGAGGCGUGCGUGCCAGGCUCCAAGGACGGCAGGGACCCAGAGUGGGCCAGGGCUCCUUGGAGCUGUUCAGCCCUUGGUCCCCGCACGCCCGCAGCCAGCAGCGGCGCGAACGGCACCAAUGCCUCCAGCAGCCGCCAGCGCGGCAAAAAGACAUUGGCCAAAGGCAAGGUCGUGGUCAAGGCCUGGGCGGAAGAUUUAUUAUCCGAAUUGGAAUCGGGUAGCGAGGUCACGCUGCUCGUCGGUGGCCACGAAGUCCGAGCGGAGGUCAUGGUCACGGGUCCUGCGGUCUCAGUCAAGCACGCCCUCGUGGAGUAG